GGAGAGGGCUGGGGUCAAAGGAAGAGAGUUAUGGUGAUGCAAGUACAUUUUUUUGCAAUGGGCACACUUGAUUUUUUUUUUAACAAAAGAAAUAAACUGCAAAACAACCCCCCCUCCCAAUUAAAAACUAUUCUGAAAUGUUGCAUAAAUGGUGGAACUAAUCAGAAAUUAUAAGCCUUUACCAGAUCAAAAUAAAAAGCAGAAAGUGAGACCUUACAUACCUAACUUAGGGUUUGUCUAAACACAAAAGUUGUGUCGCUUUUACCUACAUCCCUAUACUGUAGUUUUAAAGUGGCACAACCCCCCAAUGUGGACACAGAUAUACUUAUAUAAAAGUGCUUAUGCGGGUAUAGCUCAUUCCAGUAUUGAAAGGCAGAGUGGAUAGAAGUUGAUUUGUUUUACAUUAAAAAAAUUGGAUUUUUUUCAUUUAAAUAUAUAUUUGUUUUUAAAAAUAAACCUGUUUUAAAAUUAAAUUUGAAAAUUAUGACAAGUUAUGUUAAGGCCUAAACUUGCUAGAAACUAUUUAAAUAAAUGUGCUGCAUCAGAGAACUCUCCUCAAAUUUGAAUGAGUUAAAGGGUGCUGCUAGUUUAAUGAUGCACAUCGUCGGGGGAAACAUCUUUAACUUUUGAGGUCAGGACAAGCUUUAUAAAUAUGUAACAAAGUCCUGUACUGCAUUAAGUAAGAACCUGUAUCAUUUUCCAUUUUUACAAUGCAAUGAAAGUUGGUAAUCACAUUUUUCCAAAUAUAAGUACUUCAGAGGUUUUUGUUUGUUCAGAAAAAGCUUUUCCUUCAAUUCCUUUUGGUUUCAGUUUAGCUAGCAGGUGUAGAGAGACUAUUUCCUUCAUUUGGACUAGUUCAUUCAAAGUUGAGAAAUUGCUUGGGAUUUGAAAAAGAAGGAAAGUUGGGUUCCUCUUCCAAGCUAUGAAUAAAAACCACAUGCAUAAGAUGAGAUUUACUCAUUCUAAAAACAUGAAUGCUACUGGACCACUUUUUCCAAAGGUAUUUUGGCACCUAAAGAUGCAUAGAAGUGCCUAGAGGGACUUUCAAAAGUGCCUAAGCAGGACCGGGAUUUUUGACUGCUAGGGGUGAAGUGACCUCUUAGAGGGAACAAGGAUAAAAACCUUGCGUCUUUGAUCUCCGGAGCUCUGAGAAAAUGGAGAGCCUUAGAGGCCCCUAUAUAGAUGACGUGAUUGCGAGAGAAAGUGAAGAGGAGAAUCCUCAGCUGAAGCUAGACACAGAAAAGAAACUAGACACACAUGCCGGCCCCAUUAACUGUCGGAGGCCACGUGGCAGAGAAAAUCACUAUCAAUGUACAGAAUGUAGGAAAAGCUUCAGUGUUCAUUCGGCGCUGAUCAAACACCAGAGAAUCCACACCGGAGAGAAACCCUAUCAGUGCAGUGAAUGUGGGAAAACCUUCAGUGUAAGCUCGACGCUGGUUACUCAUCAGAGGAUCCAUACGGGGGAGAGGCCCUACAAAUGCGUGCAGUGUGGGAAGAGCUUCAAUCAAAGCUCACACCUCACUCAGCAUCAGAAGAUCCACAAGGGAGAGAAGCCAUGUACAUGUACUGAAUCUGGAGAAGGCUUUACUGACAGCUCAACGUGCGUGAAACAUCCAGGACUGCAUGCUGGAGUGGGGCCCUAUAAAUGCGCUGAAUGUGGGAAAAGCUUCAAUCGGAGCUCCACUCUCUACAACCACAACAGGAUCCACACGGGAGAGAAACGCUACAAAUGUGAUGAGUGUGGGAAAAGCUUCAGUGUGAGCUCCAACCUCAUCAGGCAUCAGAAAAUCCACACAGAGCAGAGACCCUAUAAGUGUCUUGAAUGUCGUAAGAGCUUCAGUCUGAGCUCAGAUCUGGAAGCGCAUCAGAGGCUUCACCUGGGAGAGAAACCCCACAAAUGUUCUGAGUGCGAGAAAAGCUUUGAUCAGGAGUCGCAGCUCCUGAAACAUCAGCGAGUUCACGCUGGGGAAAACUCGUAUGAAUGUGUGGAGUGUGGGAAGAGCUUUAGUAGGAAGGGGAACCUCCUGAGACACCAGGAGAUCCACACUGGGGACAAACCCUACCAGUGUAAUGAAUGUGGGAAAAGCUUCAGCCGGAGUUCGUCGCUCAUGCAGCAUCAGCGGAUCCACACUGGAGAGAAACCCUACAGCUGCAUCGAAUGUGGCAAGAACUUCAGCUUUAGCUCUCAGCUCACCACCCACCAGCGGAUCCACACAGGGGAGCGGCCCUACAAAUGUAUCGAGUGUGGGAAAAGCUUUGUGGAUAGCUCGGGUCUCAUUCAGCAUCGGAGAAUUCACACGGGAGAGAAGCCCUACCAAUGCACUGAGUGUGGGAAGAGCUUCCGGCAGAACUCGGUGCUGAUUCAACACCGGAGAACCCACACUGGUGACAAGCCCUUCGAGUGCGGGGAGUGUGGGGAACGCUUUAGCCAGAGCUCCACGCUGAUCACACAUCAAAGGAUUCACACUGGGGAGAGGCCCUACCACUGCAGCGAGUGCGGGAAGAGCUUCAGCGAGAGUUCGCACCUCACGCAGCAUAGGAGAAUCCACACGGGGGACAAGCCCUACAAGUGCGGUGAGUGUGGGAAGAGCUUCAUUCAGAGCUCGCAGCUCACCACCCACCAGAGGAUCCACACAGGAGACAAACCCUACCAGUGCCACACCUGUGGGAAGAGCUUCAGUGACAGCUCGGCACUCACCCAGCAUCAGAGAGUCCACACCGGGGAGCGACCGUACCAGUGCACGGAAUGUGGGAGGAGCUUCAGCCAGAGCUCGGCCCUGGUGCAGCACUGGAGGAUCCACACUGGAGAUAAGCCCUAUGAGUGCACCGAGUGCGGGAAAACUUUCAGCCAGAGCGCAGGGCUCACUCAGCACCGGAGCACCCAUGCGGGAGAGAGACACUGAGACAGGGACCCAUGGGCCAUGUGGCACUCUGUGCCCGUGCUGUCAGCAGUGGCUCUUUGCUGUGCUGAAUGAUGCAACAAAGCGGAAGCAGUGCUGCAAUGUUAAUUGAUCAUGAAACUAUUGACUCGCAAUCAACCUCUUAAUUAAAAUCCUCCUAAAAAUGCAUCGGGCAUAUUGUGAUGCCGAGAAAGCUAACUCUUCCCCCACACCUGGCCUCCAAACAUAAGAGGAUGUUGUUAUAAAUUUUUAAGCCGAAUCUUAGGGGAACUUAGCAAGAGCUUCUGUUACAAAGGCUUCUGGUACAAAGGCUUAGCUAGAUAAUGUCCCCAGCACAACACGAGGAACACUGUUCAUAAUAGCUUGAUUCAGCUUUGCCCUUCCCUUCUCGGCCUGUGACUGAACAGUGGGAGCAGCAGGUGGUGCAUGAAGAACACCUAUUUCAUGUGCCAGUGACCUUCAAGGAGGUGGCCAUCUAUUUCACCUAGGAGGCGUGGGCUCUUCUGAACAAAAGGCAGAGGACGCUCUGAGGGGAUCUGCAUUAUUAGCCAUUAGAGGACCUACAUGGUGUUGAAAUGCUAUCAGUAUACUAAAUAGGGGGCAUUUCAGUGGCAGCUCAAAUCUCAUAAGUCAAGAGAAUCUACAUGGAUGAGAAACCCUAUUGUAAAUGGACAGGGCAUAUGUGGGGAAAAUUUUCUGCCAUAGCAAAGUCCUUUUAUCUGACCUACAGAAUGAUGAGUUCCAUGCCCAUUGUGUCGUACAGGAGUCAAUAGCCAAUAUGGGUACAGUGGCAGGUGGGUGGGUUUCCUAUAGUGUUAUAUCUAAAACUCAAAGUGAUAACUCUAAUUUUGAAACAUCCAUUUAUUUGUCAUUUCUAAAGCAGGGGACAGCCUGCAGCUCUGAACUUCUUAAAUUUGGACAGAUCACUGUAAAAAUGCUGGAACCCUUCCAUCCCCUAGCUUCCAUUCAUUUUUUUUCACAAGGGCUUUAAGAAGUCUGCAUUACAUGAUGGUGCACUGCUUAAACUUGGAAAGGACUCUGGGCUUAUAUGCUUUGCAGGUGAUAGUUGUGUGUGACUGUGAAUGACAGACCUUUGGGUUCAUUGCUUUCAUACAUAAAGCACAUGCUACACCAUUACAUUCAACUUUGUUCUGUCUCACAACCUUAAUACCGUGAUUUCAGCUUUUGAGUUUUGUACAGGUAACUCUGCUAUCUAGUUGGCUAAUGACACUUGUAUAGCCGGUGAUGCAUGGAAUCUGUGUACCGGGAAAUGAUUGCUUUCAAUAAGUUGUUUGAUCAGGAAUUAGAAAAGAAAACCUCUGACCUGUGUGCACCUGUAUGAAGGGUGCACUAUACAAAUAAAAGUAAAAAAAAAAUCUAGUUUUGUGAUCAUGGAUCACCUGACUCUGCUUGUUCUCAGAGCAUUACUGUGGGAGCAGAAUUAAGGUGUUUGGGUGACAAAUUGUCUGUCUUUCCAAAAUUUCAAAUGUUUGGAUUUCUUAUAAAGUUAAACUUGCA